AUGGCAGCCAUGAGGCAAGACAGCAGAGACUUUGCCCUGCUAUCCGGCGAGCCAAGAAGAACCCCCAAGCGCUUGAUAUUCUCCUACCUGCUCGACUGGAUGUUCAUCAUUCUUCUCGUCAUCGUCGGUGCCAUCCUAUACAGCAUCACCGGCUCCGAGCACGUCUUCUCCCUCGACGACCCUAGCAUUUCGUAUCCCUUGAAAACCGACACCGUCUCGAUCGUCACCGUCGGAAUCGUCUGCUGUGCCGUCCCCGCGCUUCUCAUCGCCGCCCUCAGUCUCCUCCUCCCGAUCCCCUGGAGACUCCGCCUCUGGGAAUGGCACGCCGGGUGGCUGGGGCUGGGUCUCAGUCUCGCCGGCGCCUUCUUCAUCACCUCCGGCCUCAAGGACGUGGUGGGCAAGCCCCGGCCGGAUCUGCUCGCGCGGUGCCAACCCAACCUGUCGUCCCUCAACAUCACCGCGUACGCCGUCAGCGGGCUAGGCGUGGGGCGUCCAGAAGCCCCAGUGAUGGUCACCACGCGCAUCUGCCAAGCGACCGACUCCAAGACCCUCCGCGACGGAUUCGCCGGGUUUCCGUCCGGUCACUCCUCGUUCUCGUGGUCAGGCCUGCUGUACCUGUCGCUCUGGCUGGGGGCGAAGUUCGCCCGUGCUGUUCCUGCUAGUCCUGCUCACUACCGGGACGCGUCCAGCCGGGCUGCUGCUGCUACUGCUGCUACUGCUGCUCCACCCGUGUAUCUACUCGUGCUGACCGUUAUUCCCAUCGGCGGUGCACUCUACAUCUGCGGCACUCGCUAUAUGGACUACAUGCAUGCCGGGUGGGAUAUUCUGGGAGGGAGUUUGAUUGGGAUCGUCUUUGCGAUUCUGGGCUUCCGGUGGUAUCACGCCCCAGCUGGGCAGGGGGAUGGGGGCUGGGGCUACGCGUUGGGUCCGCGGUCAGCGGACCAUGCGUUCGGGGUGGGCUUGGUUGCCCCAGGGGAGUCUGAGGGUGAUGACCACAGGCAGGUGGAGAAUCGCGCGGGGUUUCUGGAUGUCGAGCUCAACACUAUCGAUGGAGGCUCGCAGAGUGUGUUGCGGGUUGCCAAUCCCUAG